UCCUCGCUGCUUCGACUGGGUCCCACACUCUCGUCUUUGUGAGGUCUUCUCUUGCACUUCUAUCUGAACUCAACCACCUCAACUGUCUAUCCUACGCGGCCUUACUUCACCAUGGCAGAAAACGCGCCACCCGCUUCCUCCUCGACUCUCCCACCGCCUCCCCAGCCCUCUGCUGGCGCGCCUGGUCAGCCCCAAUUCGACGCCGCUCAAGGCAACGGCCAGGGCACUGGCUCUCACAUGGCCCCCCCUCCCUCACUACCGUCUGUAGUCAUCCCACAAAACACGAACCCAAUUCCGACUGCCAUCACUUCUCCAAUGUCUGGAAACAUGAUGUCGCCUACCAGCACAGGUGGAUUCGUGCGCCGAGCUGCCCCUGAGCCGAACAAGAGGGCCCUCUACGUUGGUGGUCUGGAUCCUCGAGUCACGGAGGACAUCUUAAAACAAAUUUUCGAAACUACAGGACAUGUCCAGAGUGUCAAAAUCAUCCCUGACAAGAAUUUCCAAAGCAAAGGACUGAACUACGGAUUCGUUGAGUACGACGACCCUGGCGCAGCUGAAAGGGCUAUGCAGACUCUCAAUGGUCGUCGCAUUCACCAAUCAGAAAUUCGCGUUAACUGGGCCUACCAGUCCAACAGCACCCACAAAGAAGACACGUCCAACCACUUUCACAUAUUCGUCGGCGACCUGAGCAAUGAAGUGAACGAUGAAGUUCUGCUCCAGGCAUUUUCCGCGUUCGGCUCCGUGUCUGAGGCACGUGUCAUGUGGGACAUGAAAACCGGUCGCUCUAGAGGAUAUGGCUUCGUCGCAUUCCGCGAUUUCGAUGAUGCUGAAAAAGCUCUUAAGUCCAUGGACCGUGAAUGGCUGGGCUCUCGCGCAAUUCGUUGCAACUGGGCAAAUCAAAAGGGACAGCCAUCCAUUUCGCAGCAGCAGGCCAUGGCUGCCAUGGGCAUGACUCCCCCUACUCCAUUUGGCCACCAUCACUUCCCUACCCAUGGCGCUCAGAGUUAUGACAUGGUCGCUGGUCAGACACCUCAGUGGCAGACUACUUGCUACGUCGGCAACCUGACCCCUUACACGACUCAGAACGACCUUGUUCCACUAUUCCAGAACUUUGGUUAUGUUGUAGAGACUCGCUUGCAGGCCGAUCGCGGUUUUGCCUUUUUGAAGAUGGAUACUCAUGAGAAUGCUUCCAUGGCCAUCUGCCAACUCAACGGUUAUCAAGUUAAUGGCCGUCCUCUCAAGUGCAGUUGGGGCAAAGAUCGUCCUCCUACCGGCCAAUUUGAUGGGUUCCAGGCUCCGCCGGCCGGUGGACCAGGCUUCAAUACAACUCCCUACUUCCCUCAAUACGGUGGUCCAAUGAGCCCUCAAGGUCCUGCUCCCGCUGGUCGUGGUUGGGAUCAGCAAGGCAACAACUUCCCUGCUGGUGGUGUUCCCGGACAAGGCUUCCAAGGCCCUGCCAACUCGGCUGGUUACGGUCGUGGGCAAAACGCUUCUGGUGGAAACUGGCAGCAACCCGCCAAUGCCAACUUCGGCAACGGCUUUGGCCAGGGAAACUACCAAGCUUAGUCUUCUGAUAUUGGUUAGUUCAUCGAUAAAUUCGUCUUGGAUGGAAUAAGUUCGCGGUGUUAUGUUUUUGAAACGACUGGGACAAUAUUGGGACCUCCUUUUUUUUCUCUAUUUCUUUUUUUUAUCCUCGGGUGAUCAUUCGGAUAUUCUUAAUUGCUUGCCCAUCUUUCCC